AUGGCUUCAUGUUCCUGGAAAGGCAAUGCUGAUCUGUACGGUGUUGGAGUCCGCGUUGGUCUCUACGCCCAAUGGGUUGCAACGCUGGUGGUGACUCUCUUCAACACCGAAGAAGAAGAAACCUUUCGAAUUGUGAAUCUCCUCAUCCAAUCCUCCCUUUUUCUCGGUCUGUGUCAACAAGCAACCGAACUGACCAAAGUCAUCGAGCCGGUCAUCACGCUGUUUCUGCUCUGCGGAUCUCUCUCCAGCCUCACCGGCGAUGGCAUCACCCAUUUCAGCCAUGUCUCUGGUAUCUUCCGAAUCACUUUCUAUCUGGCUCUCACGUCCUACAGUUGCUGGUUCUGGUUCAUCGGCGUGGAUCGCAUGAGGAAUCCAGCCUGCGAUGAGAUAGCAUUCUUCGGACAUUCUUUGAUCAGCGGCUGGUUUCGAUCUCUAGCAAAGACACUGUCCAUCAUCGGAUUGAUCGCCUGCGUCUGUCUAAUCGGGAUCAGUGCUGUCGCUGUCAUGCGCCGCUUUCGCAAUGGAUUCGAAGCGUCUUUUGCUGCUUCACGACCGAAACGCGGUCGGGUGGAAAUCAGUCUGCUGUUCUUUUCCAUCGGGCUGAUCAUCUUCUCCAUCUGGAUCAUCGAGUAUUUGAUCCGUGUCAAUCAAGUCACUGGAUUGUCGGACUUUGAGUCUGCAGGACAGUUGAUUCCGCUGUUGAUUGGGGGCAUGUCGUGUCUGAGUGUAAUGUGGAAUGUGUUGGUGGGAGGGAUGUUGUGGAGGCGAAGAUGUUGCUUUUUGUUCAACUGGCAUUUGUAA